CCGAACCACCCCUAAUCAUCCCUGUUUUGAGCCAGUUCCCUUGCGACUGGUGCCUCGAGUCGAACGAGUGCGUCGACGGAAAGUUGACGGAGGACAAAUGCCGACAACAGAACUUCAUCAAUGGCAUCGCGCGCAAAGGCCAAUCCUCCCGCCAGGGCCCCAACCACUGCCCCUACAUCAAGGCCCCGCACGGCAAGAUGUUCGUCGGGGUCGGGGAGAAACGGAACGUCUCCGUGAAGGUGGCCAACCUCGAACCGUCCGAUCAUGCAGUUCCGAUGCUCAUUCCGCAUCGGGCAACGCUAUACGAGAAGCGAGGCACGCACUUUGUUGAUGACGACACCAGUCUUUUCUAUUUCAGCUGCGAUGAGAUGCGCUUCAACCAGCCCGAGCUGAAGAUGAUCAGCGGCACCGCCCCGUGGACUUUGCAG